AUGUUGCAUUCCGCUCAUCCAUUCCGAGCCACAACCUCGUGGAAGCAUUCGCGAGGUUCUGAUGGGGCUCGCUUCAUCACGAGUUCAUGCCACUCUGGCGGCCUCUGGGGAAGACCUGCAGCCGUACCUCUGUAUGGAGGUUUGGCACUGGCAUUACUACACGCCAGCCAGGCUGCGAGAGUGCACCGUGGGUCUCACCAUACCAGACGGGAGAGAGGUACGUCAAGCCGAAGACUUGCCGCCAAGUCCGGUGACGAGGACAAGUUUCUGCGAGGCAAAGCUGUCUUCGAGGAGCUGCGCAAAAAGGCCAUGCAGGACAUGGCGAGACGCACGGAGCUCGUUAGCAUCUGUGGCGCACGUAUUUAA